UUGCAGGACAAAGCAUCGGAUAGCAUAUACACAGAUUCAACUGUAAACAUACACCCACAUACAUAAAACUCAUCAGAGUGCUAACCGCAUUGAUAAGCUGCCAAAACUUAUACGUUCGUUGUGAUAAAUAAUUUUGAAAAAUGUGAAAUCGAUUAGUAGCUGACUGUCGAUGAGUUGAUCGAGCGAACAUUUGCGAGCUAAGGGAACUCAAUAAGCUGUGAUUAAAAUAAAAAAAGACAUGAGGAGAAACCGCUACGCUAUACAAACAUACAACAUUGAAGUGAAUAGUAUAGAUGUUAUUGACGUUAAACGUGGAUGCUUAAGUAGUGGAAGCGCUUGUAAAUUGAGAUUUUAAAGCCAACUAUAUUUUAUGAGGAGAAGAAAUAUUUCGUGCUAGAAUUUUAAAGAAUUUGCCUGCAAAUAACAAAAAGGAGAAAUAGUGCUUGCAUGACGUUUGAAGACUGUAAUAACAAAAUUGAUGCAAUGUAGCGUGGCGGACUUAUGGUCGGCGAACGCGAUAGAGACCGUGAAACGGUACGCUGGGAAACGGGUGAUGCAACACCGCCCCAAUUUAAUAAUGGAGGUACGCAAAUGGUUGGACAAUUGCAUGGUGGACAGGCUGCAAGCCAACAACAACAGCAAAAACAGCAACAGCAACAGUCUCAACGCGAUUUACAGCUACAACAGCAACAUUUGCAACUGCAACAGCAACAGCAACAACUAUUGCAACAACAGCAACAGCAUCAACAAACCAGUAAUUGGAUUGAAAACGAAACGCUUGGCCGCAGUCCGGCAGCUGGAGGCACAGGUGCCGUUGGCAGCAUUGGCCACAUCGCUCAGAGUUACGGCAUCGGCAUCGGUGUCGGAAUCGAACACGGGGACAACAACGAUAAUCAGGCCUACUACGAUACAAGCGGUAAUGUCGAUUGGGGCCGAGCGAUGGGAACCGGUGGAGCUAGUUCAUUUGGUUGCGGCACUGGAACUGUCCCAACAACCGGCACUCUUGCUUAUAACAAUGACGCAUCUGCUACUGCUGCUGCUGCUGCCGCUGCCACUGCCAGCCAACGUAAUCUCAACAACAUCGGUGGCGGCAGCAUUGGAAAUCUGGACUACGCUGAUGGUGGUAGUAUUACUGGGGCAUCCGCCACAACCACGCAUACUGCCGGCGGCCCUAUUGGCAAUGGUGGCAUCGGCGGUGGCGGUGCGUUCACUGGCAGUCAAAACAUCGGUGGAAUUGGCGGUGCCAGCACCGGUGCUGGCAGUGCCGGCGCUGUUGGUAAAGAAGUGCGAUACGCUCCAUUCCCAAUACCAUCACCGACGCACUCAAAUCCGACAACUUCCCAUCUGCACGGCAGCAUGGGCACUGGCGCAUUGCAGCGCGUACAUUCCAGAUCCAUGUCCUCCAUACCAGCACCCGAACCCUUUAUGAUAGCGCAAUCGAAACAAAUAAAUAGCCGCGUCUCCAUCAAUGUGGGCGGCGUGAAACAUGAGGUGCUCUGGCGUACACUCGAACGAUUGCCCCACACACGGCUAGGCCGUCUACGCGAAUGCACCACACACGAGGCGAUUAUUGAACUAUGUGAUGAUUAUUCGAUCGCCGACAACGAGUACUUCUUCGACCGACAUCCGAAAAGCUUCAGCUCCAUAUUGAACUUCUAUCGCACCGGUAAGCUACACAUCGUCGACGAGAUGUGCGUACUGGCAUUCAGCGAUGAUCUCGAAUAUUGGGGCGUUGACGAGCUGUAUCUGGAGUCUUGCUGCCAACACAAGUACCAUCAGCGCAAAGAAAAUGUGCACGAGGAAAUGCGCAAAGAGGCUGAGUCGCUGCGUCAACGGGACGAAGAGGAGUUCGGUGAAGGCAAAUGCGCCGAAUACCAGAAGUACUUGUGGGAACUGCUCGAGAAACCAAAUACCAGCUUUGCGGCGAGGGUUAUCGCAGUGAUAUCCAUACUAUUUAUAGUCCUGUCUACCAUAGCCCUGACGUUGAACACCCUACCACAACUACAACACAGUGAGAAUGGUACACCAUCCGAUAAUCCGCAAUUGGCUAUGGUUGAGGCCGUUUGCAUAUCGUGGUUCACCUUAGAGUAUAUACUUAGGUUUAGUGCGUCGCCGGAUAAAUGGAAAUUCUUUAAGGGCGGCCUUAAUAUAAUCGAUCUAUUGGCAAUACUCCCAUAUUUUGUUUCCCUAUUCCUAUUGGAGACGAAUAAAAAUGCAACGGACCAGUUCCAGGAUGUGCGCCGGGUGGUGCAAGUAUUUCGCAUCAUGCGCAUCCUGCGAAUCCUUAAGCUGGCCCGUCACUCAACGGGCCUGCAGUCGUUAGGCUUUACGCUACGUAAUUCAUAUAAGGAACUCGGUCUACUAAUGCUGUUCCUGGCCAUGGGCGUUCUCAUAUUUUCUUCGCUGGCAUAUUUUGCCGAAAAGGAUGAAAAGGAUACAAAAUUCGUUUCAAUACCGGAAACAUUUUGGUGGGCGGGUAUUACAAUGACAACUGUUGGCUACGGGGACAUCUAUCCCACUACUGCACUGGGAAAGGUUAUUGGUACUGUGUGUUGCAUAUGCGGUGUUCUGGUAAUCGCUUUGCCUAUUCCCAUCAUCGUUAACAAUUUUGCUGAAUUUUAUAAGAACCAGAUGCGACGCGAGAAGGCGCUCAAGCGGCGUGAGGCACUCGAUCGGGCGAAACGUGAGGGCAGCAUUGUCUCCUUUCAUCAUAUCAAUCUGAAAGAUGCCUUCGCCAAAUCCAUGGAUCUCAUAGAUGUCAUUGUGGAUACAGGGCACAAUCUCUCGCAGACUGAUGGAAAUAGCACCGAAGAUGGCGAGUCGACCAGUGGCGGUGGCCGCAAUCCGGCUACCACCGGCGCCGGCUGCUACCGGAACUACGAUCAUAUGGCCAAUUUGAGGAGUUCGAAUAUGACGCAUCACUUUCGUCCAUCUGUACCUGAUCAGGAAUCAGUUCCUCCUUAUAGUUAUGUCGAUACUCCGAAUGCCCACCUAACGUCCAUGACGGCCAUGGAGAGUUACAAGCGUGAACAGCAACAGCGACAGUUGCAGCAGCAGUUGCUACGCGAACAACGUGAGAAGCUCGAACAGUUGGCACGGGAGCAAGCGGAUGCGCUACUCACAACAACAUCCGCAGCACCUUUAUUCAGUACAACAGUAGCAGUAACAACAGCAACCGCCAAUACAGUUGUCCUUUCCGCAGCUAAUGGCGGUGCGAAUGUGGCAGGCACAGCCGGUAAUGCGAUUGGUUCGGGCUCCACUUCCGCAACAGCCGCAGCGACAGCGUCUGGCGCGGAUGACACAGCUGCUAACUCUUCGCAGGCGGGUGAUAGCGCGUCGUUGGUGCCAUCCGGCCCGCGGCCAUUGCAAAUGAUGAUAGCACCUGGGGAAGUGGCCGAGCUGCGACGUCAGGUGGCACUCGAGAAUUUGCAAAACCAGAGAAUGGAUAAUCUGGAACAGGAUGUACCUGUGGAGUUUGAAUGCUGCUUCUGCACAACGAAGGACUUCAAGGAGUUCACCGAUGCCGAGGGUGUAAUUUCACUUCCAACGUCGGACUUCCACAAGCCCGUUUGCCUGGAGAUGCGCAUGGCUGCCAAUCAGGCGAGCCGAGAUCUGCGCGCCAAUCAGUUCGGUUUGCUGGCGCCACCUAUACUACAGCCCAGGUCACAGCCACAGUUGGCAGGCGUCAUUGCAGCGGCUACGAGCGAUUCACAUGCCGAAGUCAUAUUUUCGAUUGGCGGUGGUGGUGGCGUGAUGCGCACCCCACACCAUCUGCCCCAUCACACUGCCACUGGCCUCGCGCCAAUUGCAUCGCAAUCGUCAUCCACCUCGUCGUCGUAUGGCACCACUACAUCCACCACCAUAGCGCUGCCACUUGACACGCCAUUUCGUUACCCACCUUUCAUUACCAGCUACAGCAAUAACAAUUUCAAUUAUAACUAUAACAACAACUUCAAUACGACAUCAGUGGGUGCAUGUCCAGGAUUGUCUAUGGCGACUGGUAAUGCAGCAUUGCAAUUGGGAAGCAAUUUUAAUAACAACUUCAAUGUCAAUAUCAACAAUAAUAACAAUGCGGAUCUGGCUAGCGUAGACAGUUCGGAUACGUACGCUAGCUGCCAAACUCAUCCAUUUCACUCUCAAGGUGAUCUCACUGCCGACCUGGCGGACGAAGCAUGUACACUGGACAUCGACAUGGACAACUUGUAUAUAAAUCCGUUGGAAAAGGAGUCGUCGACUUCGACAAGUGGACCCGGUACAACAGGCUAUAUCGUUGGAUUACCCCCAACCGGUGCUACUGGUUUGACAGCCAUAGGAUUAGCGCGUUCGCAGGUAAAGAAAAGCGCAUCCGGCGACACGGCACUACGUAACUUAGCUGCAGGUGGUAUUAGUCCCAUGGACGAGAUUUACCAAAACUUCGAAGUUCAAGAACGCGGAAGUCGCGUUAGUCUUAAUGAGAAUCCAGUGCCAAAACAUCGUAAAACACGAUUCCAAAGUUUUACAUCAAAGCCUACCGGGGCAGAAGUGUCAAACAAACCGCGAGCACGCUUCGAAGAAGCCAAGAUAACACAAGACAGUGUGAGCGGUAGUCACGAAAGCAGUCCUGCAGGCAGCGGAAGCAAGAAGAAGCGCUCGUCCUUUAUGCCCGGUAAAAGUUUAGCCACUGCCACUAAGUUGAUCAACCAGCAUCUGUUCGGAAUACAAAAUGUUGGGCAAAAAGCGAAAUUUGAAAGCAAACAUUCCUCUUCGAUAGAUUCUAUCGAUGCAUCGCCAAAUCUCGAACACCAUCGACGUUCCAAAUCGAUACUUAAAAACAAAUCGGAUAUCUCGAGAGUGCUCGCAGAUCCCGAGAGCGAGCGUCUGCUGGCCGACAAUAUGUCUGGUUCGGGCGUAUCUGAUAAUGGCACCGUCAUGGGCGAAUCUGGCAGCGAUUACUCACCGAAUAAAUUACCUCACUCAAUUUUAGCCAAGUCUAUUUCCCCACCACCAUUACGGCAUCGGAUGCUGAUACAGCAACGCUCUGGCCCCGCGACGCUACAGUCGCGGCCAACAAAAUUCCAAACGCCACGUUAUCCUGAGGAACAAGCGCUGCGCCAUGUCAAGCCGAUACUGGCGCGCGCAGCUGCCACAUCGCAUAUGUCCGGUAAUAAUCGAUACGAUUCAACAAACAGGGACAGCAGUCAAGACUCGGAGACUACAUUCACGUCAAAUGUGAAUAUACGCAGCGAACCUGGUGACGGAGGCGCGGUGAGCAAUGGCGAAGCGGGUGGCUCUAGCGAUGAAAAUCGUUCGCUACUACAACGUGGCAACUCCGAUGAACAAAAUGAUAGGGAAGACGGUGCUGCCGGUGAUACUGAGGCCACGUAGCAACUACUGAAAAAGCCAAAGAGCGAAUAAUAACGCCUACUCUCUGCUCCCUCCGACAGUGACAGUGAUAGUGAAUAAAACGCUUAGCAACCAGCGAAUAAUUAUGCAAAACCAAAGGAAAAUUAUUACAAUUUAUAUUAUAGUAAAACUCAUUCAUAUACAAUACAUACAUACAAACAUACAUGCAUACAUAUAUACAUAAUAUGUAAAAGGAAUGUAUUGAACGGCAGUGAAAAGAAAAGCAAUGAAAUCUAAUAUUUAAUAGGCGUUAAGAAUAUUUAGAUACAUGCAUACAUAAAACAUACAUAUACCAUAUAUACAUAGUUACAUAGAAUUUAGAAGGAUUGCGUGAGGCAAAUCGCUGUACAUAAAUGCAAGUGCAUAGAGGAAGCGUCUGCAAAUAUUAAAAGCAACAAAAAUUCCAAUUAAGUUUACUAAAUUAUUUGCUCUCAGAUAUGAAAAGAACCAUAUUAAAUAUUUGAAAAUGUAAUAAUUCCAUUUUUAUACAACAACUUAGAAUAAAACAAAAAUUUACCGAAAUCGCUUUUUACGUAAUUAUACACACAUCCUUACAUACAUACAUAUAUACAUAUAUUUACAUCCAAUACAGCCAUUCACAUAUACAUAUGUACAUAUUAGCACACAUC